CCCAGCGGCCCUGUAUAAAGCCGCCGCCAAAGGGACAGGGCGCUCAGCAUCGGCGGAGUCGCCAGCACCGAAGAGGGCGAGGUUCGGGUCAGCUCCAGCGGCAGCCGGGCGAGGUGAAGCCAGCGCGAUGACCCCUGCCCCGGCCGCAGCCCUUCUCCGCGCCCUGAGGCUCCUGCUGCCGCUGGCCGUCUGCGGCUGGGAGCCCGCGGCCGGUUUCCCCGACUUCUCCCCGCUGCUCAACCCCAACUGGGGCAACGCCGACCACCUGUUGCACCUCUACACCUCCGGCGCCCGGAACAGCUUCCACCUGCAGAUCCACGCCAACGGCCGCGUGGACGGCAGCCCGUCCCAGACCUUGUACAGUGCUUUGAUAAUCAAAUCUGAAGGUGCAGGCUAUGUAGUGAUCCAUGGGGCAAAGAGUGGACUCUUCCUUUGUAUGGACAUUAACGGAGAUAUCUUUGGAUCGCAUUACUUCAGCUACGAGGAUUGCAUUUUCAAACACUGGACUCUGGAAAAUGGCUAUGAUGUCUACCAGUCCCCCAAGCACAGUUACCUAGUCAGCCUAGGAAAGGCCAAGCAACCUCUCUUUCCCAACAAGAACCCACCAAUUUACUCGCAGUUUUUAGCCAGGAGAAAUGAAAUCCCCUUGGUCCAGUUCAACACGCCAAGGCCUCGCCGACACACGCGGGGUGCUGGCGCUGAUCCCUGCGAGAGCAUCGUGUCAGCCGGCAAGAUGCCAGAAGAAGGUCCAGGGGAGGCUCAGCUGGCCAUCCACCCCGGCUUGACCAGUUCAAAUUCUGAGGAGAGAGACCCAAACAGUGCUACGCUGAACAGAAGGUUUUCCAGUCCUAGGACAGAUUCCUGAACCUGAGACAACCUGGGAGAAUUCUACUCUCUACUGAAUCGUGAAAGACAGCUAUGUUACUUUUUCAGAUUAAUUGUUCAGAAUCAGGGGUCAUACAUGAGUGUGUGUUUGCGUGGUCCUAGCACUGGUCCUUACCAAACUGAAUGACAAGUUUGGAAAAUUGGUUAUGGGAGAAGUUUUAUAUAUUUUGCUCCAUCCACACUUUAAUGUUUAAGCUUUACAACUGUAAUGCUGUACAGUAUAUAGAGUCUUGCCUGUGCCACAGUCCACACAGCUGACUGGCAGAGAUGGUGAAGGUGCCAAUAUCUUCUCGGUGGAACCUUUGACCUGAUUUGCCUGCAGUCUCAGGAGAAUGCCUGGAACCUUUAAAGAAGGAACACCCUGGGCAUCAGCUGCUUGCAGGAGGAGAAAGAAGGGUGAACACCUUCCGUUGCCUUCUGAAUGCUCCUGUACCCAUGCAGUGAAUGUCCUUGUGAAAACUGGUUACAUGCCUAGAGCAUUGCUUUGGGGCUAAGGAAUCUCACCAGCAGCAUCUCUCCACCUCCAUCUGGCUGUUUCAGAGUACUUGGCUCUGGCUGCCUGAGGGUGUUAAUAAGACUACAUUCUCUUACAGUUCGGCUUGUAAGGUUGUUGCAAGUCCAGCAGACUCUGAGCAUUGAGCAGAGAGAUGGGACUUCACAAGAGGGGAACCUGGCUUCGCUGUGCUGCAUUAUGCAUGACAUGACCUAUUAUUGCGCAGUCCUUUCUUUUAUAGGCAGCCCUCUUCCAAAACAUGCAUGACACGACCUAUUAUCACACUAAUGAUAAGUGUGAUAACUAAUGUAAGUGGUCUGAUUCACCAGGCUGAUCUCUGUGAGUUUCUUCCAUUGGUCUCAGCAGGACUCAAGAUUAACCUCAGCUGGAUUCAGGAUACUGACCCAUCAUCUCCACGUAUUGGCCAAAGGUAGGCUUUGCCCAAGAAAGGCCAAAUCCUGUUGUCUUGCUAUGGGUCGCCUACAAACAGAUGGAGGGGAAUGUGCACAUAAGCCUCCCUUCCCAGAGAAAUGAGUUGAGGUGCUUUGUGGGCUGUUAAAGCAGCAGCUGGCAGCCAUCCUUCUGGGAUGGGGUUCAAGUCCAUGUCACACCUGGCCCUUCCAACUCCAGGAUGCCAGAAUAUGAGACUGGAUUUUGGAAGAGGCAGUAUUUGUAGCAGAACAUUUCCUAGAAAAGGUAUUUGGCAGGAACAAUGCACCAGACUCUAGGAAGUGUGUACUAGGUACUCACUGAGUCCUCAUCAUAUUCCCUUGACUAUUAAUGAUUUAUCUCCUUGUUCCCACCAAGCUACAACUAUUACUUAUUUUUGUUCUGCUGUACAAUAUUUCAGGUAUUAAUAUCUUUGCUUUUUUAUUUCUCUUAAGUUUUAUCUAUGCUGAAAAUGCAAGUCAAUAUCGUACACUAUAUCUUUUUCUACGUGGACUGAAACUCCACGUAGAAAAAGAGGCAAGACUCCAUAUACUGUAGUAUAUAGAGUCUUGCCUGUGCCACAGUCCACACAGCUGACUGACAGAGAUGGUCAGCUGUGUGGACUACAAAGAUUACUGAAGAGUUAUCAGCCUGAAGUGCAACAACCUGUUUUAAAACAAAAAAUGAAGUCUAGCCCAGUGUAAAAAUAUAAGUACUUGAUUGUCUCAUUUUACUAGUAGGGCCUUUUUUGGGGGGGUCAACUAAAGCUGUAGAUAAAGAUAUAAAUCAAAAUUACUUGGGUACAUCCGAUAGAUUUAUAUUUCUAUCUACUAGGAAUACAGAGCAUCAGCUACUACGCAGGUUAGUAUGUGCAGCUUAAAAAAAUACUUAGAUUUAAAAUCAGCUUUAAUGCUUUCUCUUGUGGCCUUAUGGACCCACAAUCUGGGGUCUGGAAGAGAGCACACCUUCAGCUGGGUGGGCACGAUGGCUGUUCUUCAUCAGAUGGAGUCUUCCCAAAGGCUAAAUUGGGAUUAGUUGAAUUAUGUAAUGACAGCACCGUUUCAGGCUGCAAGUGAAGGAUCAGCUGCCCAAAUCCUGAACCAAGUGGGGCAGGCAGAAAUUUAAAAAAACCAUCUUCAGGGGAAAAAAAUGAUGAAAACCCCUCUGCCAAAGGUCAGUUGAGGCUAGAUAGAGGGAAGGACUCAAGAGGGGGAUGGAGGGACUCGAUGCUGAACGUGGAACACGUAACACUGUAAAGUUUGGGUGCAGGUCCCGUUUGGGAUGUGCGUACACAACAAAAACGUGGGUGCUUUGGAGGGAGUUGUUCGCAAGAACAUCCUGGGAAGUACCGGAGAAUACCAUAUAUGUAUUUUUCUAUUGCCAUAUUUAUUUAUUUAUUUGAAUUAUUUACAUAUUGCAGAUGUAUUUAUGAGUAUUUAUAAUGUUUAUUAUUCUGCCCCUCAGUUGUUUCUCAGUGAAGGCAAAAUAAAUGUUUCAUGUUUUUCAAGAAAAGAAGUG